AUGGGGAAAACAGAUCAGGGCGGUGACUGGAGUAGGAAGGGAUUCUGGGCAUUGGCUAUUUGUUGCUGGCGAAAAACAGGGAAGGGAAACAGGGGAGAGAUCGGGAUGGUCUGUGGUGGAGGAGGGGAUGGCCGGCGACGACCAGUGGACAUAUAUUACGAUCAUCCAGAAUUUUCACAAUACUGUUGUGAUUAUAGUUGCAAACCACUGCGAUGUGCUUCCAUUGGAGUUCCAUUUUGUCCUUAUAGAUCUCAGCCUUUCAUAGUUCAAUCCUUUUUUAAAGAUGGCCGUUGUGAUAUAUGUGGCAAAGUUCCUUCGGAGAGUGAAGGGGAAGUAGCUAUGACAGCCAGAAGCAGUAAGUUGGAUGUCGGUGUUCUUGCUGAAAGUUUGGAGAACUAUAAGAAAUGCCUCACCCUCCCCACCCAAGAAGCCACAUUCUCAUGGACCUACCACCCCUCCAACUCCACCCUCGACGCCAUCUUCUCUGGUUCUUUCCUCUCGCCCUCCGGCUGGGUCGCCUGGGGAAUCAACCCUCUCUCCCCCCAGAUGACAGGGACUCACUCGGUUGUCACGUUCUCCGACCCCUCCUCCGGCACCCUCCUUGCCCUCCCCUUCCUCCUUAGACCCUCCGUCAAGCUCCAACUCCUCCCCCUCGUCUCCCGCUCGCCCCUCAACCACGUAACAACCCUCUCCUCUCUUCCUCCUCGCCUCCCUCCACAACCCCCUCCCCCCCACACCGCGCCCACGUCCGCAUCACGCCAUCUUCAACUAAACCCCAACCACAAGAUAUACCUCGUAUGGAACCGCGGCCUCUACGUCCAAGGCUACUCCCCAACCAUCCAUCCCACCUCCCUUCCGACCUCAGCUCUCGCGCCAGUUGUUGACCUGCUCUCCUCUCUGGCCACCAUCAAACCACGCUCCCCGCCGUCCUCGAUCCAUCCAUGCGAUAACUUAACUCUUAUCCUGGGGCUUCUGCUCCCCGUCGGUGUCCUGACUGCACGAUACCUCCGACACUUCCCCAACGUCGGCCCGACAUGGUUCUAUGCGCACGCCGCCCAUCCAAUGAUCCCCGGAUUCUUCAUUGGAGUUGCGGGGUUCAUCAUCGGGAUCAUAAUGGGUGCCGACUCCGUGGGCGUGACGUAUGGCGUUCACCGAGGGCUUGGCAUCGCGGCGGUGUGCAUGGGAGGGCUGCAGGCAGCGGCGCUGAUGUUCAGACCGGGGACGACCAAUAGGUAUCGGAAGUACUGGAAGAGCUAUCAUCACUUGGUCGGUUAUGGGUGCGUGGUGGUCGGGGUGGUGAACGUGUUCCAGGGGUUCGAGGUGAUGGGGAUCGGGAGGUCGUACGCGAAGCUGGCGUAUUGCCUGGUGUUGUCGACGGUAGUCGGGGCUUCGUGGGUGGUGUUUUGUAGGAAGGCGGAGGAGGAGAAGGUGUUGAGAAGGGAGGAGGGGAGUGAUGGGAUGUUGUCUAAAGGGAAUGGGGGUCUUAUAUAAUUAUUUUACUUUUUUCGCAAGUAAUUGUAUGGAUUUUGAGGUGGUUUUAUGUGAAUUUGUCGUCUGAGCGACGUCCCUUCUUUUUUUUCUUUUUUUUAAUAUAGUGGAUUAAGGAUGAUUA